AGGAUGAAAUAACUUGAAAGAUGUUUUGAUAUAAUGUGUGAUUACAAAUUGGUAAAAUAUACCUAUGGUUGGAAAAGUAUUGAGUAUAUUAAAGUGUAGAUAGUAAUUAUGUUUGGAGUGUGAAACUCUAUGUGAUUUGCAUUUUCUUUUACAAUAGUUUCAGAAUUUUCUUUAAGGAGUAAGAGUGUUACUUUCUUUACAGCAGAACAGCAGAAGUGAAAAUAAUCUGCAAGCAUUGGAGUAAGACUUGAAAAGGAACAUCGUGCAGCAUGGAUUCUCUAGCAGAGGGAUUUUUUGUGAGAGAUCCGCCUGUGGAGAAGCAGACUACGGAGGAACCCGAGAAUAAGGCAGAAGAGUCAACUGUUCAACUGGUCAAACUGGAUAAGGACACACCUACUGAUCUUGUCCCUAUUAACCUACUAUUACAAAUGAAGAAGUUAUUGAAUGCAGUUAAUGCUCUACCAAAAGGUGUGGUCCUACACAUUAAGAAGUUUUUACAAGAAGAUUUUUCCUUCCAAACUAUGCAGAGAGAAGUUGCAGCUAACAGCCAGAAUGGAGAGGAAAUUGUUCCUCCUUUGACUUUAAGUGUCUUGAUUACACAGCUAGAAGCAGCACUGAAGAACAUUCAAGCUAAUAAUUAUAUUGCACACCAGAUUAAUAUUGGUUAUUAUUUGACAUUACUGUUUUUGUAUGCGAUAGCACUCACUGAAAGAGGAAAGAAGGAGGAUUAUUUAGAAGCUGAGAGUAAAUUUCUGGUGAUGAAGAUAAUGAUCCAAGAAAAUGAAAUUUGUGAAAACUUUAUGUCUUUAGUUUAUUUUGGAUGUGGUUUACUUCGAUGUGCUCAGAAAAGAUAUAAUGGAGGACUGCUAGAAUUUCAUAAAAGUUUACAAGAAAUAGAAGAUCCAAAUGAUUAUUGGUUUGAUAUAGAUCCUACAGAAGGUGAUGACUUACCUACAACUUUUAAAGAUCUUCUUAGUAAUUUUAUCAAGACAUCUGAAAGUAAUAUAAUGAGGCAGACCAUUUGUAGUUACCUAGAUUGUGAGCGAUCUUGUGAAGCUGACAUUUUACGGAACACCACUUAUAAGGGAUUUGUUCAGUUAAUGUGCAGUAAAAGCUGCUGUAUUUAUUUCCAUAAAAUUUGUUGGAAAAGGUUCAAGAACUUAAAAUAUCUAGGUGAAAAUGAUCAGAGUUUUAGUGGGAAAAAAUGUUUGAAGGAAGAAUGUACAGGUGACAUUGUAAGGAUGCUAGAGUGUGAUACACCUGGAAUUGUUAAAAUUUUGUUUGAAGUUGUGAGAAAGAAUGAAUAUAUAACCAUUGAAAAUUUAGGAGCAAGUUAUAAAAAAUUUAUAUCUCUGAAAAGAGUCGAUACUGAUAUAAGGCCGAAGAUCAGUUUAAAUUUUAAUACGAAAGAUGAAAUGCCUAUCUUCAAACUUGAUUAUAAUUAUUUCUAUCAUCUGCUUCAAAUAAUUAUUAUUUCUGGUACUGACAUUGUCCGGCAAAUAUUUGAUGAGGCUAUGCCACCAUCUCUUUUGAAAAAAGAGCUUCUUAUACACAAGAAUGUGCUGGAGCCCUUCUACAACCAUCUUUGGACCAAUCACCCUUUGGGUGGAGCAUGGCAUCUGCUUUAUCCCCCAAACAAGGAGCUACCACAGUCCAAACAGUUUGACUUAUACCUCCUGUUAGCUCUGAUAAAACAUUUGAAUGUAUUUCCUGCACCCCAAAAAGGCUGGAAUAUGGAGCCACCUUCUUCUGACCUCUCUAAGUCUGCAGACAUCCUGAGGCUGUGCAGACACAGAGAUGUCCUCCUUAGUGAGGUUUUGAUGAACGGCCUCAGCGAGUCACAGUUCAAUUCAACUUGGAAAGAAGUUUCAGAAAUUCUUCUUCGUCUUGGGAUGAAGCAAGAGGAUAUUGACAAAGUGAAAGAGAAUCCCGUUGAGAAUAUCUCCCUCGAUUACCACCAGCUGUCCGUCUACCUAGGCAUCCCUGUACCAGAAAUCAUCCAGAGGAUGUUAUCCUGCUAUCGACAAGGAAUUGCUCUGCAGUCAAUAACAGGCUGUCAAUGUAUUGAAAUAGAAGAGUUACAGAGUGAGAAAGCAGAACCAAGUCCACCUCUCAUGGAGUACAAUAUAAAUAUGAAUUCAGAUGCUGAUAUACAGUUAGUAGAAAUGAAUAAAGAUGUGGCAUCGAUACCCAGUGACUCUUCAACAGAAUCUAUGAAAGAUCUCCAGGAAGUUAGGAGUAAACCAAAGAAAAAGAAAAAGACUAAGAGUAAAAAGAAUAAAGAAUCAAAUGAAGAGCAAGCCCCACAUAUGGUAGUGAAGGAAGAGCAGAUGAAGAAGGAGCAAGGAAGUCCACACCCAGUCAGUAGAUAUAUCAAUGAUGAUUCAAGUGAUGCUCAAAAAGACUCUGCAGCUGAAGACAAGAUCUAUAGUCUGGAUGAAUUGCAUAUUCUGGGCAUGAUAGAGCAGGGCUCAGCCAGCAAGGUGACUGCAGAUUAUGGGGAAACUGAGAAGGAGAGACUUGCUCUUCAGCGCCAGCUCCAUAAAUUGCACUAUCAGUGUGGAGAUUUCAAAAAACAGUUGAAAACAGUAACUUUUCGGGAGCAAGAAAAUCAAAUGCAGAUUAAAAAGAAAGAUAAAAUCAUUUCAUCUCUUAACCAGCAAGUGGCUUUUGGAAUCAGUAAGGUUUCCAAAUUACAGCGUCAAAUGCAUGCUAAAGGUAAUGAAAUCAAGAACCUUAAAGAUCAACUUUCCAUGACAAGAUCUCAGUGGGAAGUGGAGAAGCAUAACCUGGAAAGCACAAUUAAAACAUACCUGAACAAACUGAAUGCAGAAACCAGCAGAGCUUUAACAGCUGAGGUGUAUUUCUUACAGCGUCGUUGUGAUUUUGGGUUGCUUCAUCUAGAGCAGACCGAAAAGGAGUGUCUCAGUCAGCUUACCAGGGCGACACACAUGGCAGCAAGCAACCUAGAAUCACUUCGAUUAAAGGCUGCAGUAGACAGUUGGAAUGCCAUUGUGAUGGAUGUUAGAAACAAGAUUGCAUUCCUCAGGACACAGUACAAUGAACAGAUUAAUAAGGUGAAGCAAGGGUUUCCCUUGAGUACCUUGCCUCCGGUACAGCUUCCACCACCACCACCCAAUCCUGAGAUACUGAUGCAGCAGUUCUUGGGAAGACCCCUUGUGAAAGAAUCUUACUUCAGACCUAUACUCACUGUUCCUCAGGUGCCUGCAGUUUGCCCUGGAGUCAUCUUUGUACCUGGCCAACCUAGAGCCCCCCUGAUGACUGGGAUAGCCUGGACUGUUCCGGAGCCUAUGGCAGAGGCCGCGUCUCCCAGUGCAGGUCUGGGAAGUGACCCUCACACGACGAAUUGGGAGAGGAUUAUGGACAGAAUGAAAACUGCCUUUCCACAGAAGUCCAGAAAGGAGCUCACAGAUUUCUUACAAAAGCUGAAGGAUGCUAAUGGGAAGUCCUUAUCUGCAAUGACAUUUGAUGAAAUUGUUUGCAAGAUUUCCCAACUUAUUGACCCUAAAAGAUCUCAGAGUCAAGGUAAAUCAGUAUCAAAUGGGAAUUGUGUUUCACCCAGCUAUUCACCACAGCCUGAUGCUGCCCAGCCCCUAAGACCAGCCCAGAGGCUGCUCAGCUCACAAAGUCCUGCCACAUGGGAAGGAGCCCAUCAUUUGGAGGAGGAGGAGGAGGAGGAGGAGCCGUGUGUCAUCUGUCAUGAGAAUCUCUCUCCAGAAAACCUCUCUGUUUUGCCCUGUGCUCACAAAUUCCACGCUCAGUGCAUUAGACUGUGGUUGAUACAGCAGGGGACAUGCCCAACCUGCAGACUCCAUGUUUUGCUACCGGAAGAAUUCCGUCACCCCAGUCGGCAGUUGCCCAAGAUCUGAUCCAAGGGAGUUACUACGCUAAGAAGGUUCAGUUUCAGACUCCAGAAUUUGGUGUUUCCUUUUAUUAUGAGUUGAUAGUGUGAGCGGUGUGAAGCACCGUGCUCCUAAAAGCUGUGCAAAGGAAGCGAGCUAAUUGUCAAACCUGCCACCAAAGAGGAUAGGACAAAUCAUAAAUAAGAUGGAUUUUAACAGUUACAUUAUAUUUGCUCUUACCUUAGUGGGCAUUUUCUUCCAACAUAAACGUAACCGUGAGUGUAUUUCUUAGAAUUGUUUUCUUCUUUUUUCCUUCUUAUUCCACUCAUCUUUGCUUCUCUGCAAGUAUACUACAUUUUCAUUUUCUCAAAUACAGGUGAGCAAAAGGAAAAGAGAAACAUAAACAAGUACGACAAUGCCAUAGAUUUUAGUGUUCCUUUUAACUGUUGAAACUACUUACAAAAAAUAAAGUUCAGGUAUUUGAAUUUUAUCUCUUUCUUCCCAAUUCUUUUCUGUCUUCUAAAAUACGUACACACAAAGAGAUUAUGAGCUCCUUAAGAGAGGGGAGCAUGCAUGGAGCUGGCUUGUCCUGGUCUGUGAGAGAUGACUGGAAGGUUUUGGGAAUUCUGCUCGCCAGUUGUCAAAUCAUUGGUACUCGAAAUUGUCCAUAGUGGAUGUAUUUGCACCAUGGAUAUUGUAAAUGCUGCAAGUAAUGGCUCCUCUCCCCUCAAAGAGCUGGUUGUUAAACAUUUACCAGUGUGCCACUGGGACCAUGUCUGAUUCUUCUUUGUAUUCCCAAUGCUUUGCAUAGUAGAUGCCUAAUAAAUACUCCCAGUUUAGAAAGUAGUAGGACAGAAGUUAAUAUGCAAAGUAAAUCACUUGUUCAGUUGAAUAAUUGAGAGCUUAUAUUUAUUCGUAAACACGCUAUCUUUGAACCUUAAUCAUUUAAACUUUGGGGGGAUUUUUUUC